AUGGUUAGCAAGUUAAGCGAGGCCGAAUUCCAAGAGGAAGUGGUCAACAGAUACACAGACGUUAUUGGCGAAAAGCUUGGAGGGAAAGUGCUGGCAUUUUCUGACGAAUGGUUUGCUGCUGCCGAGAACCUCAUCAAGCCAAAGGCUCCAAUUAGAGACGCUACUCGGUUCACUUACGCCGGUGCCUGGUACGACGGAUGGGAGACCAGACGUCACAACACCGACGAGGCCGACUGGGUCGUCUUUAGAAUGGGUGUUGCCAGCGCAACUUUGAUUGGAUGCGAGAUCGAUACCGCUUUCUUCAACGGUAACCAUGCUCCUCACAUUUCUGUCGAAGCUACCACCUUGGCGGACGACUCAAACUACGAAAAGGCUUCUUGGGAGUCGGUCAUUGAGAAGACCGAAUGCGGUCCAACCCAAAGACACUUCUUCAAGAGAGAUCAGAGCACAGAAAAGAAGUACACCCAUGUUCGGUUAAGAAUGUAUCCUGACGGAGGAAUUGCCAGGUUCAGAUUGUACGGUACCGUGUACCCGAUCAUUCCUCAAGACAUCUCCACCGUGUUGGACACCGCAAGCGCUUUGAACGGAGGUGUUUGUGUUGGCUUCUCCGACCAGCACUUUGGAUCUGCCGACAACUUGUUGCUUCCAGGCCGCGGCCACGACAUGUCUGACGGUUGGGAAACCAAACGUUCGCGGUCUCCUGGCCAUGUUGACUGGGCAGUUAUCAAGCUCGGGUUCAAGACCAACGUCAGCAGAGUCGUUAUUGAUACUGCUCAUUACAGAGGUAACUUCCCACAGUACAUCACUCUGGAAGGUUUGAACACCGAAGAGUAUUCUCCUUCUUUCGAGGACUCCAAAUGGGAGUUUUUGGUGGACAAGUCCAAGACCGGCCCAGAUAAGGAGCAUGAGUACACCGUUGAGUUCUCAAAGCCUGUGACUCACGUGAAAUUGACCAUGAUUCCUGACGGAGGUGUGAAAAGAGUUCGUGUUUUCGGAACUCUGGCUAAAUAG